AUGGUGCGUCGCGAGUACAGCUCCCUCGCCGACACCUACGCCACCUGGAAGGAGGCUCUGAUCUGUUUCGACGCCGAACGCCUAUCCAACCGUAGGCGUCGUUUCCGCGAGUACGAGCAGUUCUCAAAGGCUAAGUCUACUGCCGUCACGAACAAGUCUCGCUUCAACAACACCUCGUCUGGCUCCGGUUUCUCUUCUCGGUCUGGUGCUGCUUCUGGAUCUGGCUCUGGCAACAAACCUUCCGCUGGGUCCUCUAACGGGCUGGGACAACUGUCCGCUGACGAUCGGAAGCUGCUAAUGGACAACGCCGGUUGUUUCAAGUGCCGCCGCAUCAACGCCGGUCACCAGUCAAAGGAAUGCCCCAAUGGCUUCCCCAGCGUCGGUUUCAAGACGCCGGCGGAACAGUUGAAGGGUAUGAAGAAGGACGCGCCUCGCAAGGUCGCGGCGGUUACGGUAGACAACGAGCACAGCGACGAAGACGACUACAUCAACGUCGCCGCAGUCCGCGCGACCUCUCCCUUGGCGCAAUGCUCUGGAGUCCUGUCGGAAGGAGAUAGCUCGGAUGACGAUGUACGUCCUUCUCCGUUCACGUCCCCCCACCUGUCUUGGCCUGCAACUGAGUGGUGUAAAUUGACGGUCUCAACACCGGACGGGUCGUGGACUUCUGUAUCUUGCAAGGCUCUUAUCGUUUCUGAACUGUGUUCGCCUCUCAUUCUCGGCUCUCCGUUCCUUGUCCGCAAUCACGUUCUCGUCGAUAUGUUUAAUAAAGCGUUGUGGCAUCCACCGUCCGCUCGAGAUCUGACGAUUGCUGCCCCCCGAACAACGAGCUCUAAACCGGACUUCAAAGCGCGUCGAGAACAGAGAAGGCUCGACAACGAACUUCUUAUGAUCACCCCAACCCCACCGGAAUCGACCUCAAUUCCUCCCGACUACUGCGUCGCUGCUCUGCGGGAGAGGGUCGAAGCACUCGCCGAAAUCGAGAUGCUCAAGCGUGAGGACCUCUUGAUGAAAGAGGAGUUCGCUGACUGCUUCCCAGAGGACAUACCUCACAUCAACGAACUCCCCACCGACGUGUAUCACGAGAUCAACCUCAAGGACGCGAACAUGACAAUCGUCCGCCGUCAGUACGAUUGCCCGAAGAAGUACAGGGAGGUGUGGCGAAGCUUGCUC